AUGUCAAAUAACGUGCUCAAUCAAGAUUUCGGCUCCGACGAGGAGGACGACGACUUCAACCCAGCGCCCGCUGUCGACUCCGACGAGGAAGGCGCCAGACCCGGUCGCGGACGAGGCCGUGAAGUCGAGGUAGACGAAGACGCGGAGGACGACAAUGAAAGAGCCGAGGGCGAAGGCAAAGGUGAUGAAGACGAAGAAGGAGAUGAGGACCAGGCCGAAGACGAGGAGGACGAAGAAGAGGAUGAAGAUGAAGAUGAAGAUGACGAGGAUGCUGUUUCGGGUCGUCCUAAAAAACGCAGGAGGCGAGGCGGUGUCAAUGCCUUCUUCGAAGAGGAAGCUGGUGUUGAUGACGACGACGAAGAAGCAGAAGAUGAAGAAGACGAUAUGGGCGAUGGAUUUGGCGCUGAAGCCCAUCCCGACGAUCUCGAUGCGCUCCCCGUCGGCGCCGAGCUGGAUGACCGCAGACACAGGCAACUUGAUCGCCAACGAGAGCUCGAGGCUCACAUGGACGCUGAAAAGCAGGCGGCUGCACUCAAAGAACGAUAUGGACGUAAUCGCAUGGCCGCCACAGACUCGGUCGUCGUUCCCAAGAGACUGCUUCUUCCCAGUGUGGACGAUCCAAGUAUCUGGGGUGUUCGCUGCAAGCCAGGAAAAGAGCGAGAUGUAGUGCUCAAUAUCCAGAAACGUAUCGAACAACGGCCUCCCGGUACUCGCCACGGAUUGAAGAUCAUAUCGGCCUUUGAGCGGGGAAAGACAAUGACUGGUUUCGUUUAUAUUGAAGCGAGAAGACAGGCAGAGGUCAUGGAAGCUCUUGACGGUCUUCUUGACGUCUAUCCUAAGACUAAGAUGGUCUUAGUGCCCGUUAAGGAAAUGCCUGAUCUUCUACGAGUCAAGAAAUCUGAAGAGCUCAACCCUGGUGACUGGGUGCGGAUCAAGCGUGGCAAAUACCAAGGAGAUCUUGCUCAGAUUGAAGAAGUCGAAACAAACGGUUUGGAAGUCACUGUGCGACUUGUUCCUCGUCUUGACUACGGAUUGAAUGAAGACCUUUCGGCACCUGUUGAUGCCGCCAAGAGAAAGAGAUUUGGUGCCGCAAACAAUACAGCCGCUCGCCCACCCCAACGUCUCUUCAGUGAGGCAGAAGCGAGCAAAAAGCACGGCAGACAUCUAGUGGGAACAUCGAACUUGAGUGGAAAGUCUUGGAAUUAUAUGGGCGACACAUACGUUGAUGGUUUCCUUGUUAAGGAGAUGAAGAUCCAGCAUUUGAUCACGACAAACGUUAACCCUCGUCUAGAGGAAGUCACCAUGUUUGCUCGAGGAUCUGAGGACGGCACCGCAAAUAUCGAUCUCGCGUCUUUGGCCAACACACUCAAGAACACCGUUGCAGAAGACGCUUAUCGACCUGGAGAUCAAGUCGAAGUGUACAAGGGUGAACAACAAGGCAUAAUCGGAAAGACGGUCGCGACCAGAGGCGAUAUCAUUACAUUGGAGGUCACAGAGGGCGACAUGAAGGGACAAGUAAUAGACGCACCAAUUAAAACGUUGAGAAAGCGAUUCCGUGAAGGUGAUCACGUCAAAGUCAUUGGCGGUAGCCGUUAUCAGGAUGAACUGGGCAUGGUGGUUCAAGUCAAGGGCGAUAGUGUUACUAUACUCAGUGAUAUGAGUAUGGAAGAAAUUACUGUCUUCAGCAAGGAUCUGAGACUUUCGACGGAGUCUGGUGUUGAUGGCAAGCUUGGAACGUUUGACGUGCAUGACCUUGUCCAGCUUGAUGCUACUACCGUUGCUUGCAUUAUCCAAGUCGACCGCGAGUCGCUGCGCGUUAUAGAUCAGAAUGGCUCUGUCCGAAAUGUUCUGCCAUCGCGAAUAGCAUCCAAAAUCGCCAAGCGCAAAGACGCUGUAGCCACAGACCGCAAUGGCGCAGAGAUUCGACAUGGCGAUACAGUGCGCGAGAUGUACGGAGAACAGCGGAGUGGAGUAAUCAUGCACAUUCACAGAUCUUUCCUUUUCCUGCAUAAUAAAGCUCAGGCCGAGAACACAGGUGUCAUUGUGGUUCGCACUUCGAACGUUGUCACUGUGUCAGCAAAGGGAGGUCGCGCCACAGGACCUGACUUGUCUCGCAUGAACCCAGCUAUCAUGCAACGCCCACCGCAAGGGGGAGCUAUGCCUCCUCCACGAGUAGGCCGAGAUCGACUCAUUGGAAAGACUGUUGGUAUUACAAAGGGCAGCUAUAAAGGACUUAUUGGUAUCGUUCGAGAGACCACCGAGGACCUAGUGCGUGUUGAGCUACACACAAAAGGAACGAAAGUCAUGGUUCCUCGAACUGGUGUUGUUGUCAAAGAUCCUCUAACCGGUCAGACCAUCGACAUGGGUCGUGGGGGUAGACCUCGUGUGCCUGGAGGCCCCGGAGGUCCACCACAGCCUAGUUGGUCUGGAUCGCGAACACCCAUGGCUUCCCUCGACUCCAGGACUCCAGCAUGGGGUGGCUCUUUGUCUUCAAGAACUCCUGCCUGGGGAGGCUCUGCAGCCAGUGGCUCACGCACACCAGCCUGGAAAGCCGACGGAUCUCGCACAGCAUACGGCGGCGCAAUGGGCGGCGGACGAACACCAGCAUGGAACAGUGGAGCCCGCACACCUUACGACUCAGGCAGCGGCGGUGGUAGCGGCGGCAGUGGCUUCGACGCCUUCGCAGCCGGAUCUCGCACACCAGCCKGGGGAGCCACAACAGGCAGUCGCACACCCGCCUGGACCGCCAACAGCGGCAAUACCCCUUCUUCCACUGCCACCGGUCACAACACAGGACGAUACGACGCUCCAACACCCGGAGGCGACUACUCAGCACCCACACCCGGCGCAUACCCGACUGCUCCUACACCAGGCGCUUCAGGCACAGCAUCCACACCCCGCUGGGCCGAAAGUGCGCCUACACCCGGAGCUCUCAAUGCUCCUACACCAGGUGCCGGAGGCGGUGCCAGCCUAAAUGUUGGUAGCAGGUUACCGUAUGAUGCGCCCACGCCAGCUAUGGCUGCUACACCAGGUGCGAUGGGGGAUGAUAAUCCAACGUAUUUGGAUGAUUCGGAGUAG